CCAGAGGGAAACUAAGAAAUCCAGAAAAGGUGAGCCUGGCAUUUGCUAGGAACCAGAGUGGAACCGGCAAAGUGGCCAGCAACAGAGUCCUGAUCCAAAUGGAGAAAGGGAACCAGGCGUACCUCAACCUGGAGUGGGAAACUUGAUAGGAGUUUGAAUCAGCUUGGGUACUGACAAAUAUUGCUUCAGGAAAUUCUCUUCAGACCCGGAUUGUGAUUCAGGCAGGAGCUGUGCCCAUCUUCAUAGAGUUGCUCACCUCAGAGUUUGAAGAUGUCCAGGAACAGGCAGUCUGGGCUCUUGGCAACAUUGCUGGAGAUAGUACCAUGUGCAGGGACUAUGUCUUAGACUGCAAUAUCCUCCCCCCUCUUUUACAGUUAUUUUCAAAGCAAAACCGCCUGACAAUGACCCGGAAUGCAGUAUGGGCUUUGUCUAAUCUCUGUAGAGGGAAAAGUCCACCUCCAGAAUUUGCAAAGGUUUCUCCCUGUCUGAAUGUCCUGUCCUGGUUGCUGUUUGUCAGUGACACUGAUGUACUGGCUGAUGCCUGCUGGGCCCUCUCCUAUCUAUCAGAUGGACCCAAUGAUAAAAUUCAAGCUGUCAUUGAUGCAGGAGUAUGUAGGAGACUUGUGGAGCUGCUGAUGCAUAAUGAUUAUAAAGUGGUUUCUCCUGCUUUGCGUGCUGUGGGAAACAUUGUCACAGGGGAUGAUAUUCAGACACAGGUAAUUUUGAAUUGUUCAGCUCUACAGAGUUUAUUGCAUUUGCUGAGUAGCCCAAAGGAAUCUAUCAAAAAGGAAGCAUGUUGGACAAUAUCUAAUAUAACAGCUGGAAAUAGGGCACAGAUCCAGACUGUGAUAGAUGCCAAUAUUUUUCCAGCCCUCAUUAGUAUAUUACAAACUGCUGAGUUUCGGACAAGAAAAGAAGCAGCCUGGGCCAUCACAAAUGCAACUUCUGGAGGAUCAGCUGAACAAAUCAAGUACCUAGUAGAACUGGGUUGUAUCAAGCCACUCUGUGAUCUCCUCACGGUCAUGGACUCUAAGAUUGUACAAGUUGCCCUGAAUGGCUUAGAAAAUAUCCUGAGACUUGGAGAACAAGAAGCCAAAAGGAAUGGCAAUGGCAUUAACCCUUACUGUGCUUUGAUUGAAGAAGCUUAUGGUCUGGAUAAAAUUGAGUUCUUACAGAGUCAUGAAAACCAGGAGAUCUACCAGAAGGCCUUUGACCUUAUUGAGCACUACUUCGGGACUGAAGAUGAGGAUAGCAGCAUUGCGCCCCAGGUUGACCUUAGCCAGCAGCAGUACAUCUUCCAGCAGUGUGAGGCUCCUAUGGAAGGUUUCCAGCUUUGAAGCAAUACUCUGCUUUCACGUUCCUGUGUCAGACCAGGCUACCCCGUCAAGUCCUCUUGUGGAGCCCACAGUCCUCAUGGAGCUAACUUCUCAAAUGUUUUCCAUAAUACUGUUUGCGCUCAUUUGCUUGCCUUGCGCACCUGCUCUCUUACACACAUCUGGAAAACCUCUGGCUCUCUGUGGUGGAAUACCCUUCUAAUAACAAGGGUAACCAGAACGGCCCACUCUGUUAUGGAAAAAAUCCCUAGGCUUUGGAGAUCCGCACCUAUGUUAGAGUCAUGGGAAUAUACACAUAUUAAUGUGGCUCCCUUUUUUAUGGGGGAAAAAGAGGACUCCUCCUUGUUCCCUUUAACAUGGGAAAAACUGACAUUAAAAGAUGAGAAUAAACUUUUAUCUUGAAUUUCACACAACUACUUACGACAAGGGAGAUGUUUAGACCUGUUGUGUAUACUUCAGAGUACUUUUCAUGAGUUCUUCCACAGUGAACCCUUGGAUUACCUGAUGGCUUUUUCUAGCCAAGUUUGCAUUAAUACUUACUGAGAUUGGAUGGUUUCUUUUCCUCUAUUGGCGCCAUUCUUCAGAUAUUAAAGUUAAACCAUCCACUCCCUCACCUUCAGCCUUCAGUGAAUGUGCUUUCUAGUUGUCAGAAAUGCUGAAGAAUUAACACUUUGACUCUUAAAUGUGAUACUGGUUUGCAGAUUCCCUUAGAGCAGAAAGGAAAGGGGCACAUAUUAAUUUGUAUGGCUUUUGCAUCUUUUUGGUCUUAUGUGUCUUCAGAUUUGGAAGUGGUUUAGUCCUAAUGCUGGCAUAAAGAUUUAGAAUCUUCAGUAAUUAAAACCAUAUCCUAUAAUUCCAUAAAAACUAAGAAAAACAAAAAAACCACCCUCCAGUUUUCCUAAACUCAAAACCGGUUGACUAGAGGCUGUGUUUCUGCAUUAAAAUAAAUGUUUCAGGCUUUGUGGUCCUGAUCAAGGUCCUCAUUAAAUUUAAGUUCACCCUAGGUGCUUUUCCCUUCUGUGACUAGCACAUAACACAUACUUUUAUAAGUUACUUAGGGAUUUUUUUCUUAAGUCAAGUGCAGCUAGAUUCUAAUGUAUUCAUGCUGCACAUAUGAUUCCUUUUAAUGUAGCAUCCUUUUAUUUUAAAAAAAAAAAAAAAACAUCUUUGCAACAUGACCUGCUUAACCCAAAUAAGGACAGUGAACUUUUCUAAUAACCUCAUUGUUUCCAAAUCAUUUUAUUUCAUCUCCUAGUACUGCACACCCCUUACCCCCCUCCCCAAUAAAAAUAAUAUCCACCUUCUGGCUCAUUUAAUGAUGACUGCAAUCUGUACCUGCAAAUGGCUCUUCCAGUACUGUGUUCAGUGAUCUACACUUGUGCUUGGACUGUAAUGAAAAAAUAUGCUUAAUUGCCAAGAGAACUGCAAAUGAGUUCAAUAUGACUUCUCGGUGCUAGUUGGCCAUCAUGACUCAAUGUUGGAAUAUACUAUCAGAAGAUUUUUUUGUUGAUGUGCUGUUUAAAAUGAAUUCUGAAGGAAAAGUUGCUCACUUCUGUUUCAGAGCAUACCCUUUAAAAUCUAUUUAGACUUGUCCUCUUCUAGAAUUCAGUAUAACCCCAAAGUGUAAAAACUAUUUGGAAGUUGCCCCUGACAAGCUAUUAUAUGUACAUCUCUGGUAAAUCCUGCUGAAUUUAAGGGAUAUUCAGAGCUUUCAUACCUCAUCAUGAUGUUACUUAAAGCAGCCAACUUACAUGACCUGAUUUAAACUUUUAAAAAAUCCACUUCAUUCAAACUAGAAAGAGUCAAAGACAAAGGACAUUUAUCAGCCAAGAGUGUGACGCAUUCUUCACAUCUAGCCUGUAGUUGUGUCUGUGCUCUGGGAUGGAUACCGUCUGAUGUCUGUUUUUAUUGAUGGAGCAGCCACUGCAAAACUAGUCAACUCCCAUCUAUAACUGUUACUUUUUCUAGUGCUGCUUUGUGCUGAGAGAACAUUUUAGUUUACUGCACUUGAUCUGUAAAAGACUUUGAUUCUUUGUAAUUUUAGGGAUAAAUUAGGUGGUUAAUUUAAAGAAGAACUUUCAUUGUUGCCUUUACAUCACAUUAAAAUAUAACUUCUUUCAGAAGGGUAAUAGAAGCACUGAUUCAUAGUAAAAAUCUUGGUUUUAGCUUUGA